UCCGCUCGGCUUGCUCCUUUGCAGCCCCGGGUGUUAGCGCCGGCCCCUCGCAGUGCCUGCCUCAUCAAAACGCCCCGGGAAUCCUCCUCUGCCUCCCUUUCGGUCUUAGCCACACGAUGAAAAAUGCCAGUUUCCCACGCUCGGUGCGCCGCUUACCUGAUGGCGACCAGAUCCAAAGCUUAGAUUCCUAGUCCAAGCCUCACUUCCUGUGGCACCACAGCAAUUUUGGGGCUCCAGCCUAGCUCCCGCCCAAUCCGUCCCUGGAGUACUUUGUAAGUGGGGGGGGGGUCUCCAUGUUCCUUUUGGGGCUCGAGGACGGAUGCUUCCGGCGGCCCCCCGGGUCCUCUCCAGGGCCGGAACGAUAAUGCCAGAGCCGUCGUUUUCCGAGCCGGCGGAGUUAAGGAGGAAGCAUACGUCAGAGCGCUCUCGCCGCUGGGGAAAGGAAGAGGAGGGGCCCUGCGCGCGGUAUCCUGGGAACGCGUGGUAUUCUGGGUACCCCGGGCCCGCCAUUCCCUCGCUUCACGCCUUCGCCGUGUAACGUUUGUGCCAGGGCCGAAAGGGAGCCGGUGAGGAGAGGCGGAGAACCGGAACACUCCUGCCAAGAUGUCUAUCGGUGUGCCGAUUAAAGUCUUGCACGAGGCUGAGGGCCACAUCGUAACUUGUGAGACCAACACUGGCGAGGUGUAUCGAGGGAAGCUCAUUGAAGCAGAGGACAACAUGAACUGCCAGAUGUCCAACAUCACAGUCACCUACAGAGAUGGCAGAGUGGCACAGCUGGAACAGGUAUACAUACGUGGCAGCAAGAUCCGAUUUCUGAUUUUGCCUGACAUGCUGAAAAACGCACCCAUGUUAAAGAGUAUGAAAAAUAAGAAUCAAGGCUCCGGGGCUGGCCGAGGAAAAGCUGCUAUCCUGAAGGCCCAAGUGGCUGCCAGAGGAAGAGGACGUGGAAUGGGGCGUGGAAACAUCUUCCAAAAGCGAAGAUAAAUAAAUUUCUGUGGAAGAGAACUGUGUCCUUUUUUCUCUUAGGUUACUGUAGAUUGGAGGAGAGGCUAUGUGUGCAUAUGUUGUAGGUUUUCUUUUGAUAUUUCUCUUUGUAUCAGAGAAACUGUUAAACUUAAUAAAAUUGGUUGUUUUGUGGUUUGUUUA